AUGAAAAGAAAGAGAAACAUUAUAUUGGACAUUGAGGAGGAGAGUACAUUUAUAAAUAACAGUGAUUACGAUGACAAGGAGCCAAAUAACCUUGAUGGGGUGCAUAAUGAGGGGCACUCAAAUGCUCUGGAUGACUCAGAAGAUUAUGAAUCGGAUGAGAAGAUGGACGAUGAAGUGGAGAAAGAGACAAGAAGCUCUGAAUUGGAACAAGAAGUAGCUCACUACAGGACAAAGGAUGAAUCAAUUACAAAGCAAUUAGAAGAUACUACGAAGCAGAGCUUUAAUGGAGCUGACCCGGAAGGGGAAAAUGGUCAUUCCUUUCAUUCAGAAGAAGCCAUAAAAAUGGAGAAAAAGCAAUCAGACACUGAAGUUCAGCAGAGUUUUUCUGAGACAGAAAUCAAAGUGUCCACGCCCCAGAAGGCAACAGAGCAAGCUCUGCGACCAAAUUCGAAGGACUCCAAAAAUGAAAAUGAACCAAGAUUGGUAAUUAAUAAACUAAUUCUCACAAACUUCAAAUCAUAUGCUGGAGAGCAAAUAAUUGGGCCUUUCCAUUCGUCAUUUUCGUCGGUAGUAGGUCCCAACGGAAGUGGAAAAUCAAACGUCAUAGAUGCAAUGCUUUUCGUAUUUGGAUUUAAAGCCAACAAAAUGAGACAAGGGAAGGUAUCUGAAUUGAUUCACAAUUCAGGAAAUGAAAGACCAGAUUUUUGCCAAGUUGAUAUUCACUUCCAUAUGGUGCUUGACGAUCCUAAAUUACCGCAGCUGUCUGUGGUUGUUCCCAAUUCGGAGUUGGUUAUUUCGCGGAAAGCAUUCCAGAAUAACCAGUCGAUGUACUACAUAGAUGGCAAGAAAAGCAACUAUACCGAUGUAACAGCUUUACUCAGAGGUAGGGGGAUUGACCUAGACCACAAACGGUUUUUAAUUUUACAAGGAGAAGUCGAAUCUAUUGCGCAAAUGAAAGCAAAAGCCGAGAAGGAAGGCGAGGACGGACUAUUGGAGUACCUUGAGGACAUUAUUGGAACCACAAAAUACAAGCAGUUGAUCGAAGAUAGUAUGACACGAAUUGAAGAGUUGAAUACUGUCUGUCAAGAAAAAUCGGACAGGUUUGAGCUAGUAGAGAAGGACAAGAACCUUUUAGAUGAAAAGAAGGUCGAGGCGUUGAAGUUUUUGGAAUUAGAAAGAAAACUCAAUAAUUUCAAAAGCUUGAAAUUUCAAUCCAAUAUCAGUCACUUGCAAAGUAAAAUUGAAGAGUACCAAAAGGAAGCUGAUGAGUUGGAGAAGCAAUUAGACGAAAAGAAAAAUGCAAACGAAGCAGUAUUGCGACACAUUGAAGCGGAAACGUCCAAACAGCAAGAGUUGAAAAAGGAAUUGAAGAAGGUGUUGCAUGAAAUAGAGGGCCUAAAUAAGCAAAAGCGAGACUUGAAUAAGCAAAAUGUGUCCUUUGAAGAAAAGUCCAAGAACUUUGAGAGCAAAUUGAAAAGGAUACAAAAGACUAUUAAUACCCUGACUCAUUCAUUGCAAAGUUCAAAUCAUAGUUUGUCAAGCUAUUCGAACUCUUCUGAGCAGUACAAAGCUGAUAUUGAGAGACUCGAUUCAACGUUGAAGGAUGAGGAAGAAAAGUUGACCAGAAUCCGAGAAAAAAUGGCAGAAAAGACAUCUGGCUUUACUAAGCGUAUCGAAGAGUUGCAAAAUAAGCUAGAGCCUUGGACGUCAAAGUUGAAGGAUAAUGAAAACGAAAUUGAGCUAAUUACUUCCAAUAUUAAUAUCCUCGAAAGCCAAAUGAACAACACAAAGAAGCAGUUGGAGGAAAACAAGGAGAAAUUGAGCUCAAUAAAGCACGAAGGUAAACAGAAAGAAGAGGAAUGCCGAGAAAAGGAAGAGAAACUUGAAACGAUUGAAGAACAGACAUCACUAGGUGAGGAGCAAACAAACUUAAUGAAGUUGAAAUUAGAUAAAAUGAAGAGUCAUAUCACAAGAGCUAAAAACAAGUACCAUGACUCCGCACAGGCUUUCCAAAGUAAACAAAAUCAAAGCAGUGUUUUGGCAGCACUAACUAAGUUGGGAAAGUCAGGUAGAAUUGAAGGAUUUUAUGGCAAGUUGGGGGAUCUUGGAACAAUUGAUGAAAAGUAUGAUAUUGCGGUUUCAACUGCCGCCCCAGGAUUGGAUUCUAUGGUUGUCGAAACUGUCGAAACAGCGCAAGUAUGCAUUGACUAUUUGCGAAAAAACAAGCUAGGUUAUGCUAAUUUUAUUUGCUUGAAUAAGUUGCGAAAUUACGAUUUAUCUCCAAUUGCAAUACCUGGUGACCCAUCCAAGAUUAAGCGACUUUUUGACUUGAUUGACCCAAUCAAUCCCAAAUUUGCACCAGCGUUUUUCAGUAAAAUGUUUAAUACACUUGUGGCACCAGACUUGAAUGAAGCAAAGAAGGUAGCCUACGGAGCAAGAAGAUGGAAGUGUGUCACUUUAGAUGGUAAGGUUAUAGACAUAGCGGGAACUAUGUCAGGAGGUGGUAAUCAGAUUAUGAAGAAUGCCAUGCGUUUGAAAUCAGCAAAUUCACUGGAUAACAUAGAUUUUGACGAGGAAAGUUUGGAAAAUACAAGGUUGGAAAUAGAAGAGAUGGAAGCCGAGUUCGAAAGGGAGCAGAAGAAAUACAAUGAGGCAAUUUCAGCAUUAAAUAAAGUAAGGAGCUUGGAGCCUGAGACGAGACUUUCCCUUGACAAGCUCAGAUUGGACAUUACAGGUUUAGCUUCUGAAAUGAAGGAAGUGACUCAAGUUUGUAAGAAUUUAGUCGCCGAACAAAGACAAAUCGAGGCAAACAAUCCUUUUGAACGACAAAUUUUAGGCAAAAAGGCUGAAUUAGAGAAGCUUGAGGCGGUUAAAGUAAAAUUGAAAUCAGAAAUGGCGGACUACGAGAAUGAAAUUGCCACCUACGAACAGAAGAUAAUGGAAGCUGGUGGUGUUGAUUUGAAGGUCCAGAAUUCAAAAGUCGAAUCGAUUAAGCAACAAAUUGCAAUUAUAAAUGACAAAACCAGCGGUGACCGAAUCGCUUUGAAGAAGUUGGAAAGCGAUAUCAAGCGCCAUACAAAAGUUAUCGAAGAUUCAAAGAUUACCAAGGAGAAUUUAGAAGCUGAUCACCAACAAAUUAAAGAGGCACAACAGGAGGUCCAAGAGAAGGUAAGAGAUUUAGAAGAAAAGAUACACGCGCUUGAUCAAACAAAACAAGACAAAGAAGAGCAGCUUGAAGUUAUUCGUGUUGAGAUUGAAGAAAAACAGGAGGAGCUUUCCGGGUUCAAACUGUUUGAGGUUGAAAUUUUGAACAAAUUGGAAAAAGUCACCCAUAGCUUGAAAAAGAUUACUCAUUCAAUUGAGCAGAAUGAGCUGAGUCUAGAUGCAUUGGUGGUACGAGAUGUAUUGCCAUAUAUCUAUUGGCUCGAUGAGGAUGAGCAGAAAAAGUAUAAUUCCUCCGUUAUUGAACGAUUGAGUGAGUCUGAACUUGAAGAUGUUGACUUGGAUGGCGUCAACUCUGAAAUUGAAGAAUUGGAAAAAUACAUGUCUACUGUUCAAAUUGAUAUUGAAAUGCUUAAAGAGUAUGGAACCAAGAUUGCAGAAUAUACCGAGAGGAAGAAUGAUUUGAAUAGUGCUGUUGAGGAGCGAGAUGAAAAGCGGGAUUACUGCGAGGACUUGAAGAAAAAGAGAUUAGAUGAAUUUAUGGAUGGAUUCAGUGCCAUUUCAAUGGCUUUGAAGGACAUGUAUCGAAUGAUCACUAUGGGUGGAAAUGCUGAAUUAGAGUUGGUUGACAGUUUGGAUCCAUUUUCAGAAGGAAUUUUAUUUAGUGUGAUGCCGCCAAAGAAAUCCUGGAAGAAUAUAUCGAAUUUAUCCGGCGGUGAGAAAACUUUGAGUUCAUUAGCCUUGGUUUUUGCUCUUCAUCUGUACAAACCUACUCCAUUGUAUGUUAUGGAUGAAAUUGAUGCUGCUUUGGAUUUCCGAAAUGUUUCGAUCGUUGCCAAUUAUAUUAAAGAGCGAACUAAGAAUGCCCAGUUUGUGGUUAUUUCGUUGAGGAAUAAUAUGUUUGAAUUGGCGCAGAAAUUGAUUGGGAUUUACAAGGUCAAUAACAUGACUAGAAGUACACCAAUUUUGAAUAUAGAAUUUAAUAGUAUCGAAUGA